AGCAGACUUUUUUAAUUAGUGUGUCCUUAUUGAAAGUAAAAAAUGAUCAAUUUUAUAAUUGCCACUUUUAUUAAGUUGGUGGUUUGGCAGCCUAUGUAUGUAUGACAUGUGGAAGACAAUCCCAUGGACCUAGUGUAUUAAGCUGUCCAAUUGCAUCUAACCACGGACAGCAUGUAAAUGGCGUCAAAGCUUUGGUUUCUACACAAUUUGUACAUUCCACCGCCGGCAUUGUGUUCUCCUCGCCGUCAAAAUGUCCCAGCGGCCUCAGCAAUUACUUCAGCUAAUACAAUACGUCAACAUCCGAUGUUAUUGUCGAACAUUGACAAAUACAUACCGCUGGAUUUCCCUAAGAGCUCGAGGAAGUUGAACCGCUCUGUUACUACUAUCAGAUCCCAAUUGAAUUUUCCCAUCAUUUCACCACAAGAUCAAUGGGGCACCUGGACCGCUCUCUUCGCUACCGGCGCUUUUGGCAUUUGGUCGGAGAAGACCAAAGUUGGGGGUGCACUAAGUGGUGCACUAGUAAGUACACUGGUUGGUCUUGCAGCAAGUAACUUGGGCAUUAUAGCUUGUGAAGCGCCUGCAUAUAAAAUUGUAACAGGAUUCUUGCUUCCACUUGCUGUUCCCUUGCUGUUGUUCAGAGCGGAUAUGCGUCGCGUACUACAAUCCACUGGAACACUGCUCUUGGCUUUUUUGCUUGGAUCAGUUGCAACAACUAUCGGGACUGUGGUGGCCUUUUGGAUGGUUCCGAUGCGAUCACUUGGUCAAGAUGGGUGGAAGAUAGCUGCUGCUCUUAUGGGAAGACACAUAGGUGGAGCUGUCAAUUAUGUGGCUAUUUCCGAAGCUCUGGAGACAUCACCUUCAGUUGUCACUGCUGGAUUGGCUGCUGAUAAUCUUAUUUGUGCAGUAUACUUCACAACAUUAUUUGCAUUGGCUUCCAAAAUACCUGCUGAGGCUACUCCUUCAGCCACUGAUGACAAGAUCGACGGGGAAUCAGAAUCUGGCAACACGCUACCUGUACUGCAGAGUGCUACUGCUCUUGCUGUGUCCUUUGCCAUAUGCAAAGCUGGAGACUUUUUGACUAAGCAUUUUGGUAUUCAAGGAGGUACCCUUCCCAUUAUUACAGCCAUUGUUGUCAUUCUAGCAACUUCAUUUCCCAGGCAGUUUGCUGACCUUGCGCCUUCUGGUGAGGCUAUGGCAUUGAUUCUGAUGCAGGUAUUUUUUGCAUUCAUUGGUGCCAACGGGAGCAUAUUAAACGUUAUCAAUACAGCACCCAGUAUUUUCCUGUUUGCUUUAGUCCAGAUUGGGGUCCAUCUGGCAGUGAUACUCGGAGUUGGGAAACUGCUCCGAUUUGAACUGAAACAAUUGCUCAUAGCAUCAAAUGCAAACGUAGGAGGCCCAACAACAGCUUGUGGAAUGGCCACUGCCAAAGGGUGGACUUCUUUGGUUGUUCCUGGCAUUCUUGCUGGUAUUUUUGGUAUUACAAUUGCAACUUUUCUCGGUAUUGCUUUUGGGCAGCUUGUCCUUAAAUUCAUGUAAUUUUGGAUACUAGACUUACUCAACUGUUAUCAAAAUUAUACUUGGAACAUCUGCACACCAAAACAUAUCAUGCUUCACACCUUAUGCUUGCAUGUUUGCAUCUCAACACUAUUAUGCCCGUCAAAACAAACUUACAAUACAAUAAAGAAGUAGGCUUUGAGGUGUGAA